AUGACUGCUCCAGAGACCUUUUUUUUCACUUCCGAGUCUGUCGGUGAGGGACAUCCCGAUAAGAUCUGUGAUCAAGUUUCCGAUGCUAUUCUCGACGCCUGUUUGAAGGUUGAUCCUCUUUCCAAGGUUGCUUGUGAAACUGCUGCUAAGACCGGUAUGAUUAUGGUUUUUGGUGAGAUUACCACCAAGGCUCAACUUGAUUUCCAAAAGAUUGUUCGUGAUACCAUCAAGCAAAUUGGUUAUGACGAUUCUGCCAAGGGUUUUGAUUACAAGACUUGUAACGUUUUGGUUGCUAUUGAACAACAAUCUCCUGAUAUUGCUCAAGGUUUGCACUAUGAGAAGGCUCUUGAGGAUCUUGGUGCUGGUGACCAAGGUAUCAUGUUUGGUUAUGCCACUGAUGAGACCGAGGAGCUUUUGCCCUUGACUGUUAUUUUGUCUCACCAACUUAACAAGGCUCUUGCUACUGCCCGUCGUGACGGUACUUUGCCUUGGUUGAGACCCGAUACCAAGACCCAAGUUACUGUUGAGUACGAGUCUGAUAACGGAGCCACUAUCCCUAAGAGAGUCGACACUGUUGUCAUUUCCACCCAACACGCUGAUGAGAUCUCGACUGAGGACUUGAGAACCGAGAUUCUCGAGAAGAUCAUUAAGAAGGUCAUUCCUGCCAAGUACCUUGAUGACAAGACUGUCUACCACAUUCAACCCUCAGGACGUUUCGUUAUUGGAGGUCCUCAAGGAGACGCCGGUUUGACUGGUCGUAAGAUCAUUGUCGAUACCUAUGGUGGAUGGGGUGCUCACGGUGGUGGUGCUUUCUCUGGUAAGGACUACUCUAAGGUCGACAGAUCAGCUGCUUAUGCUGCCCGUUGGGUCGCCAAGUCGCUUGUUGCUGCCGGACUUGCCCGUCGUGCUCUUGUUCAAUUCUCGUACGCCAUUGGUGUUGCCGAGCCCCUGUCGAUUUUCGUCGACACCUAUGGCACCUCGAAGUACUCAUCUGGUGAACUUGUCAAGAUCGUUAGAGACAACUUCGACUUGAGACCCGGUGUGUUGGUGAAGGACCUCGAUUUGGCCCGUCCCAUCUACCAAAAGACUGCUUCUUACGGCCACUUCACCAACCAAGAGAACACUUGGGAGGUUCCCCGUAAGCUCAAGCUCUAA